UUUGAGUCAACAUUUCAUUUGUAUUCUGUAUUUUUUGACCGACGGCGUACGAUAGCCUGCCUCCGCCAUGGAUAUGCCUGAAUCACCACCACCACCACCAGAAAACUCUUCGCCGAUCUCCACCGCCACCGCCGCCGCCGAUAUGGUGGACGACGACCCACUCUCGAGCCCGUACGCGUCUCUAAACUCCCACUGCCACGAACUCUCCACCCUGCAGGACCUCGCCUGCCGCGGCGCGUGGCAAACCAUCCUCGACAAGGUGGCGCGUUCUCGCUCACUCUCCCUCCUCACCAAACCGCACGAGCACCUCAUCUACCUCACCUUCAACCUCCUCUCCCUCGUCAAGCUCCGCCGCUACUCCGACGCCCAAUCCGAGGCCCAAACCCUAGACGAAGAUCUCGAAUCCGAUCAGUACCUAUACGAAUCGUACCCGGAUCAUUACCCGACCCGAAAACCCGGAUCCAUGAUCCCUUUCGCCCUGCGUUGGUUGCACGCCCACUUACCCUUUACCCUAGGCGACCGUCAAUUAUCCCUCGAUCGCCUCUACUCCCUCCUACAUUUCAUCCGCAGCAAAAGGCUUUCGCAAAAUCAAGAAUCGAUCGGCGAAACCUCGCUAACACUCUGGAAAAAGCGCGAUUCUUUCGUAGUGAACACGAUCGUAAGCCACCAUUUGAGCCAGAAGGAAUUCAAGGUGUGCUUGUCUCUGCUGAAAUCCGAAAUCGCCAAAAACGACGACCCUUUGCUCCUGUCGAAAUUGGGCUACGUCGAAAUGCAGUACGGCGAUCUCGACAGGGCGAGGCGUAAUUUCGAGGCGGUGGAGAAAUCGAUUGUGGGUAGUGAGAAUAUGAAAAAUGAUGUGGGGUUGAAGAAUCUUGUGAGUAGGAACAAGGCGUUGAUGUUCUUGGUGGCGAAGGAUUACGUGUCGGCCGUACGAGAGUACGACGAGUGUAUCGAUAGAGAUGGAUCGGAUGUUGUGGCGAUUAAUAAUAAAGCGAUUUGUUUGAUGUACUUGAGGGAUUUGUCGGAUUCGAUUAAGGUUUUGGAGAACGCGUUGGAGAGGGUUCCUACGAUGGCGUUGAACGAGACCCUCGUGGUGAAUUUGUGCAGUAUGUACGAGCUGGCGUACGUGAACCAUGCCGAUGUGAAGAAGACGCUUAGCACUUGGAUCGCCAGGGUGGCGCCCGACGAUUUCGAUACUUCGUGUACGAGGAUUUGAGGUACACAUGUUCUUUCUUGUUGUAAGGAAAUAAAAAAUGGAGUCUUUGAGCUGAAAUUAUUCGAUGAUUAUUUUGUUUCUUGAGGUGAUUUUGUUUGUUGUUUCGUUGUUCUGUUUCGAUAACGGGAUUGGUCGGUGUUUUUCCCGAGAAAAAGUACAAUUUAGUUGUCGAAAUGUUUUUUCGCAAGAUAUGAUACGACAGUAUACUAUGUAAAGGAUUAUUUAUGGUGUGGAAAAUUUUCUCCGAGAAAAUCGUCGUUGUUCAAUGUCCGUUCGGUUUCGAUGCUUAUGAUUAACUUCAAUUUUUUUUUUAAUUUUAUCAAAUUUGCAUUUGUGUCCUA